AUGUUCGGUAUAACCUACGCCACGCCAGCUUCUAUCGCGUAUGCGGAAGCCGAAUCGGCGGCUGCGGCGGCGGCGAUUGCGGAGGAGGAUCGCGGAACAGGAGACGACGUGAUAGGAGAGCACGAAAGAUUGGAAGGCGGCAGGGGUUUAGAGGAACGGAGAGCAGAAGGCGAGAGUGGUGACGACGAACCUCCCUUGGAAUUGCCGCUCCGAGUGUACCUGUAUCCGCUGCCCGCCGCCUUUAACUUCGGACUCCUCCAGGCGCAGUGGAACGUGGGGUGUCGUCUCGACAUUCUCGCGCGCCACGGCGUGCCUCCCUCUUGGAACUUCAACUCUUCCUCCUCCUCCUCCUUCUCUUCCGCCACUUCCUCGUCGCUCGCCACGUCAGCAGACGACGACGCUGACGGGGACGGCGACAACUCACUAGACCAAGCCGCAGCCGCCACAGUCAGGGCAGAAGAAGCAGAAGCAGAAGCAGCAGACGGGGAAAGAGGAGAGCGGGGGGCGGGCGGGAGCAACAAGGCUAUGAAGGGCGUGCAUCUGCCGAUGCUAGAGCAGGCGGACGAGCUGGCGAGGCUGGCGGGGUGGUCAGAGGAGGCGGUGGCAGUGCAGGUGCCGUGCUACCACAACUUCCCCUACUACUGGCAGCACAGCGUCGAGUACUACAUGACCCUCUCUCUGCUCUUCGGGUCGGAGGCGGUGGUGCGGGUGGAGGAGCCGUCACACGCGGACGUGGUGUUCCUGCCCUACUUCUCCACGCUCGCCUUCCGCCUCAAGGCCAGUGAACAGCUGAACGCACAACUGCUGCCAGUGCUACCGCGCAUGGCAACGCAUCCGCUUCUCAUGCCGGCCGUGUACCCGGUCACCUUCGCCAAUGCCUCGCGGGACCUGCUGCAGCCCAUCAGGAAGCUGGCUGUGGACCUCGACAUGUACCGGCCCAUGGACGCGGACCCGCUGAUCGACGUGGUUGUGCCGUACGCAGCCCUGGUACCCGCUUACUCUGAUGACCCGGGCUCGUGGCAGCAGCGCCCCACACUGCUCUACUUCCGCGGCAACAAGUGGCGCGCUGGCCACUCUGAGGGCCAGGCAGUGCGGAGGGCGCUAGCGGAGGUGCUGGUGGGGCAGAGGGGCGUGGUGUUUGAGGCAGCACUGGCGAGCGACGAGGAUAACAUCAUGGGGGCUGCGGGGGGUCUCAGGCGAGCCAAGUACUGCCUCUCCCCUGAAGGUGACACCUCGUCCAGCUGCCGCCUGUACGACAGCAUCCUAUCGGGGUGCAUCCCAGUGGUGGUAUCAGACAGCAUCGAGCUGCCCUUCGAGGACGAUAUAGACUACUCCUCCUUCGCUCUCUUCGUCCCCACCGCCCUUGCUCUCCGCCCCGGCCAUCUGCUCGAGCUACUGCGGGGGCAGAGCCGCACGCAGUGGCAGCGCAGAUGGUCCAACAUGCGCCGGCUGCGCAAGCACUUUGAGUUCUCAUCACCGCCCGAGCCGGGGGGAGCGGAGGACACGGUGUGGCGAGCAGUGUCGAGGCGCAUCCGGGGCAGCACGGGGAGUGCAGGGGCGCAGCGCAACCGGCGGCAGCGCCUGCGGCUACUGCUGCGGCAGCUGGCACAGUAUGGGCUGAAUGCCUCGCACCUACAGCAGCCCGUGCACGUGCGCCCACCCGUGCACUUGUAG